CGGCCUCAGGUGGCCUUCUCCGCAACUCUCCGGGAGACAGGUAAUGCCGCUGGGAACACUGGACCUUUCACCACUCCCAUUCCCCUGCAGUACAAGAAGGUCUUCUCAAACCCUGCCACAGGUACUAGAUAUUCUGUGUGUGUGUUGCAUCAUGUUGUGUGGUGUUGUGUUUUGAAACUAAAAGCUAUGCCCCUACAAGUAUCUUCACUGCCACAGUCAAAGGAAUGUACUACUUCCAUUUCACGAUGAUGAACAACCUGAAUGACACUCCCAAUUUUGUGGUGUGCUUGACCAAGAAUGGCCAGAGGCUGGUGUCUGUCUGGGACACUGUAGGAACCAAUGCCCAAGACAGUGGCAGCAACGCAGUGGUCAUUCCUCUGGAGGUGGGAGAUAAUGUCUAUGUUGAGUUACAGGCUAACAGGCUGGUCUAUGAUGACGACAUGAACUACAACACAUGGGCGGCAGGUAGCUUAGUGGUUAAGAGCGUUGUGCCAGUAACCGAAAGGUCGCUGGUUCUAAUCCCCGAGCCGACUAGGUGAAAAAUCUGUCGGUGUGCCCUUGAGCAAGGCACUUAACCCUAAUUGCUCCUGUAAGUCGCUCUGGAUAAGAGCGUCUGCUAAAUGACCAAUUAUUUAUUAUUUACAACACCUUCAGUGGCUUCCUGCUCUUCACCAUGUAAACAUGGAACACAUUUCAACAGCUAA